UUCAGUGUCCAGUGACCACUGACCAGUACCACGUUCCACCGUCCACUCCUUAACUGUGACAUUGUCUCCAAUCAAAAUAUUUACUGGUCAAUGCUCAUUUCUCAUUAUUGUUAGUACCGACAGUACCUAUAUUUCAAAAUAUUCAUACAGGUAGCCCGGCACGGUACCAUUCGGUUUCUAGUACUUCAGUGUCCAGUACCACGUUCCACCGUCCACGCCUUAACUGUGACAUUGUCUCUAAGUAGUAUUAUGUCUGUGGAGGAAAUUGUUGAUAUAAAAAAGCAAGUCCUAAAAUGUGAACUAACUAAAUAUAAAGAUAAAACUCAUAAAGAUGGAAUAUUUGAAGUCCUUCAAUCUUUACGCAAAUAUGAGAUUUUUUGUGAUAUUAAGUUACAAACAGAUGAUGGUGUAAUAGUAUUUGKACAUAAAAAUAUUUUGGCAUCAGCUAGUCCUUAUUUCAAUGCCAUGUUUUCUAGUUUUGAAGAGAGCAAUAAAGAUCAUAUUAAUAUAAGAAAGUUAGAUUCUACCAUUUUACAACUGUUGAUAGAUUAUAUUUAUACUGGUGAAAUUAUUGUCACUGAAAUAAAUGUACAGGAUUUGUUACCAGCUGCAAAUCUCUUACAGUUAGACUAUGUGAGAGAUGUAUGUGCUGAUUUUUUAAAAACACAGUUGGAUCCCUCAAAUUGUUUUGGUAUCAAAAAAUUUGCUGACGUACACAACUGUAUGGGAUUGUUGAAUAUUUCCAAAGCAUUUAUUAAAAAACAGUUUGUAGAAGUUGUUCAAUUUGAUGAGUUUCUAUCAUUAUCUUUUGAAGAAGUAAUUGAGCUAAUUUCCUAUGAUGACCUUUUUGUUCCGUUUGAAGAAAAAGUGUUURAAUGUGUUAUUAAUUGGGUAAAACAUAAAUUGAACUGUAGAAAAGUUUUUUUGCCCAGUCUGAUGAAACAUGUACGGUUGGCAUUAGCUUCAAAACAGUAUGUUUUAGAAAAAGUAGUUGUUGAGCCACUUCUUGAUCAUCCUACAUGUAAAGAAUAUGUAUCUGAAGCGUUGCAGUUUUAUAUACUUAAGUUUUUAAACCCUUUCACCAUUCCACAAAUUAUAAGAAGUACGCCUAGGCAGUAUGGUUUACAGAAAGUUGUUUUGGUAUUGAGUUAUUCUUCAACAAUGCUAAAAAGUUUUACUAACUGGUUUGACCCAUUUACUAAAGAAURGCAGAUUGCACCAGAAAUGACUAAACACCGCAAUAUGGCUAAUAUAGGUGUAAUAAAAGAUAAAUUUGUAUUAGCCAUGGGUGAUGUUACUAACACCAGUUCUCAAUCGGUUGAAAUGCUUGAUUUAUUGUCACCAUCACCCUGUUGGGUACAGAUGGUUGACAUGUUAGUUAGUCGAAAACAUUUAGGAGUUGGUAUUAUAGAUGAUAGUGUAUAUGCUAUUGGCGGUUUUAACGGUGCUAAUUAUUUAAAUACUGUAGAAGUUUUUGAUGCCAGUGUUCAAAAAUGGAAAAUGGUAUCUAGCAUGUCUUGUUCAAGAAGUAAUUUUGGUGUUGGAGUACUCAAUAACCUCUUAUAUGCUGUAGGAGGUUUUAAUGGGGCAGGAUUGAGAUCUGUCGAAUGUUACAUUCCUGGUGAGAACAGAUGGAUCCCCGCUGCAGAAAUGUCAGUAAAUCGUCAUGGUCUUGGUAUUGGAGUCUUAGAUGGUGUUAUGUAUGCUAUUGGUGGUAAGAAUGGGAYAGCAGUUCUUAAUAGUGUUGAGGUUUAUAGACCAAGUUCUGGAAUUUGGACACCUAUUCCUGAUAUGCAUUCUGGCCGAUAUGAUCCUGGCGUAUUCGCAUUGGAUGGUCUACUGUAUGUUAUUGGUGGAAUACAAAACUCUACUAUUUUGGACUCUUUAGAAAUUUACAAUCCAAAAACUAAUACUUGGUCAAAGGAAAUUUUACCAUAUAUUAGUACCCAAGUUUAUGGUGCUGUUGUUGUUGAUAGACCACCUCAUUUCAGAAUGAUGUCAGAGUGAUGUAUUUUUUGGUAGUCAUAUAUUUAUGCUUAUACAUACUGUAUUACAUUGUAUUUACUGUCAAUUUAAGAUUUUUUUCAGUUUAAUUAAACCAUUAU